GAGCCCUCUACAGGGAUGUCAUGCAGGAGAACUACGAGAACGUGAACUCGCUGGGGUUUCCGGUAUCCAGCCCUGAUGUGAGCUCCCAGCUGGAACGAGGGGAAGAGCCGUGGGUCACAGAUCGCCAGGGCUCGGAGGAAAGGGAGAGCAUCUGCGCUGCAGGUGAUGGGACGGUGAGUGAGACGACGGAGCAGAAUCCGAAAGAGGAAGAUACUGAGCAAGUGGAACGGCACAGGCCAUUAUCACGAAGCGCCAAAGGGAAUGUGCCUGGGAGUUGUGAGCAGGGAGACGGUUAUAGGCAUCAGCAAAGGCCAGAGCAGCAGCCGGGAAACCAGACACAGGAGAAAGUGGGUAAAUGCAUUAAUUGUUGGGAAACUCACAAAGAUGUCAAGGGAACCCCAGCCCAGCCGAGAAUCCUCAGGGGAAAGAGAAACAACACGGGCACCGAGUGUGGGAUAAACGUCAGUAGAUGCUCAGACCUUAUUAACCAUGAGGGAAUCCAGACGGGAGAGAGACCCUAUGAAUGCGCUGAGUGCGGGAAAAGCUUCACUCAGAGUUCAGCCUUCGUUACACAUCAGAGAAUUCACACGGGAGAAAGGCCCUAUGCGUGCUGCGAGUGCGGGAAACGCUUUGCUCAGAGUUCAGCCCUUCUGAUACAUCAGCGAAUCCACACAGGGGAGAGACCCUAUGGAUGCUGCGAGUGCGGGAAAAACUUCAGUAACAGCUCAGCCCUUAUUACGCAUCAGAGGAUCCACACGGGGGAGAGACCGUAUGAAUGCAGCGAGUGCGGGAAAAGCUUCACUCAGAGCUCAAACCUUACUAUUCAUGAGAGAAUCCACAGGGGAGAGAGACCCUACGAAUGCGGCGAAUGCGGGAAAAACUUCCCUCGAAGCUCAGCCCUUAUAAGGCAUCAGAGAAUCCAUGCGGGGGAGAGACCGUACGAAUGCUGUGAGUGCGGGAAAAGCUUCACUGAAAGCUCAGACCUUCUUAUACAUCAGAGAGUCCACACAGGAGAAAGACCCUAUAAAUGCAGCGAGUGCGGGAAAAGCUUCACUAAGAGAUCAGUCCUUGUCACGCAUCAGAGGAUCCACACCGGGGAGAGACCCUACGAAUGCCGCGAGUGCGGGAAAAGCUUCACUCAGAGCUCAGCGCUUAUCGCACAUCAGCGAAUACACAGAGGGGAGAGACCCUACGGAUGCUGUGAGUGCGGGAAAAGCUUCACGGACAAAUCAGCCCUGGUCGCCCAUCAGAGAAUCCACAGCGGAGCGAGACCCUAUGAAUGCAGCGAGUGCGGGAAAAACUUCGCACGUAACUCGGCCCUAAUUACGCAUCAGAGGAUCCACACGGGACUGGAGCGGAAAGUGUCCCAGACCCGGACGAGGAAUCAGUGUGUAUCCAAAACACAGUUUGAUCAUUAUGAGUUUAAAUGCCGCUCUCCGUCCUUUUGCAAAGCAGCUUCUGGGCUUUUUCCUGCUGCGUAUGGAUUGUUUGCAGAUUAGACGUUUGGCUGUUUUUCCCCUCCUCCCACCACUAUGAUAAAGCUAAAACUUCCCUAAAUAACAUGACGCAAUAAAAGGAGACGGUGCUGAACAAAGCACCUUUGAACAUAUCCGAGAAGAACACAAUGUGAACCCGUUGUCCUGACUGUGAGUCAUCAGAUAUAAUCUGCUCUGGAAUUUUACUUUAUCUAAACCUGAAAGUGUCUUAUUCCUCUCGGUGUUGUGGAUUUUUCUCCCUUUCCUAAAGGCCGUUCGGUUACAUAGUGGGGUGCUAGUUUUGUUUGAGAGAAUGUAGCUCAGAUUUAUUGGGGACUUUGAGACCACCGGCUAUCCGGCAAAAAUAGUCAUUUAUUUUAUUCUUGCAUUUCCGCCACCCCUCCAUGAUGACCGUUCGGUCAACUCUGGAGAUUCUGAUGCAGUUCGGUCAACACGGGAGAGUGCUCCACUAGGACAUGCUACCAAGGAAACAUUCGUGUUUUUAAUUCUCCACUAUGAAAUGCUGAACAACCCACUCCAAAUUCUACGAGGUACUGAAGGAGCUGCAUGCGACCACCGUAUUGUUCAGUUCGUUAGGCCGAUAUUAUCUCAGGUGACCCGAGGAGAAAGGAGCACGAUAUGUGGCUUGGAGAUUUGCAAUACGCUCACGCAGUUGGUUCCCAAAGCAGUUAUGAGCCAGGGCCUACAGGAGGUUACCCCUGCAGAUGUCUCCUAGCUAAGAUUUUGAUUGGUGAAACAUUGUCCCUAACUAUGCAAAUAUGGAGGAAAUAGAAGCAGCGUUUGUGUUGAACUAACCCUCGGUAGGUGCUGCAAAGGAGUGUAAAAUGAAAUCCGUGUUGCACAUGAGAUAGCUGAAGAAAAAUAACUAUUUUUUUUAACAGAAACUCUGCUUGGUGUAGCUUACAGAGAGUCCGAUUCAGGUCUGUGUCUGGUUCCUAACAGAGACCUGUGCCACCAGAGAGAUCGACGCCUAGGCUCCUGGACAGCAAAUGGGGAGAAACUGGCACCUUGGAAUGGGAUCCACAAAACCUGUCAUGCUAGGUGGCUUCUCACCUGAGGUAGCCAGGGGAGAGGCCAGCCCCCUGCUGUCCUCCCCAUCACCUCUCCACCCUCAGCUUCUUGCUUCUUCCUCCUCUCCUCGACAGCUGGAUUUAUGGCCACAAGGAAGGAGCAGGUCAUCUGGGUCUGACCUCAUGUAUAGGAGAGGCCACCGAUAUCACCCCUCAACCGUGCCACGGCUGGAGAACAGGAGGGACCCAGGUGCACCAGUGGCUGAUGCUCGUGCAGUGGCAGAGACACGCGGAUGCCGAUGUGCCCUUGUUGCCAAGGCAUUUGAGAUUCGUUGUACCAAAUCAGAGGGAAGUGGAAAUGUAUGAGGAAUUUUAUACCCUCGGUUGAUAAACAAGGUAAAAAUUGA